AUGGUCAUCGACGAAGUAGGAUGCACCACCGGCGCUGCUAGCCUUUGUGCUGGUGCUGGAGUUGAUGAGACCGGAGGCCCUGGCAGCGGUUGGGGAGCAGAUCCUCAAGGCGCAGCUGGCAAUGACUCUGGAGGCACUUGGGGUGCUGAGGCCAAGCUGGAAUGGCUUGGCGUUUUCGUUAUCUACAUUCUGCGAAAGGAAGACAAUGGCACUGGCGUCUGGCAAUUCUACAAGUGGUUAUAA